AUGCCAGUCAUCAUAGUGGGCGGACCCUCAGGGACGGGGAAGACGACCGUUGGACAAGAAUUGGCCCGUCUCCUUAGGGAACGGGGGGACAGUGUCUGUUUUAUCGAGGGAGACAACCUCCACAGCGAGGAGAAUAUUGCAAAAAUGAGUGCCGGGAUUCCGUUAAUGGACGUUGACAGAUGGCCGUGGUUAGAACGUCUCUCUAAAGAAAGCGUGCGUGGCGCAGCAACACAUUCCUACGUGGUGGUCACGUGCUCGAUGCUGCGCCGCGUGUACCGGGACUAUUUGAACUCAAAGAUCGGAAGUGAAGGAUGGUAUCCUUUACGGAUGUACUUGCUCAACAACACCUACGAGAACGUCCUCCAACAAAUGAGGGCACGGCAGCAUUUCUUCAAGCCGGAUAUGCUGCGGUCCCAAUACGAUACUUUUGAGCCCGGGGUUAAAGGAGAGGCAAAUGUUGUAAACGUGAAAUGCGAAGGUAAAACGCCAGUUGAGUUGGCAGAGGAAAUCAUCAAGGACAUCACAUUAGGGGAUAACUGUGCAAGAGACGGUGCUACCCAUUGA